AUGGUCCAAAGGCUGAAUUGGCGGGUUGGGCCGGGUUCGGGCCGUUCUGGAGGGGUUGGACUAGGUAUACACCGGGCUGGGUUUGAUUCGGGCCAGACUGGAUGGUUUGGGUUGGGAUCGAGCUGGGCAAGAAUUGGGCUUUGUAAAAACGGGCUCAGAGGGAGAAGAAAUAGAGGCACUUACCGGCUCAAGAGGGGAAGCUCGAGGAGACGAUGGGGCGGUGUUGAGUGCCGCCGCCGCUGUUUGACUGAACUCGGCGUCAAAUCCGACAACUUCCGGCUGGGCAGUGACGGGAGGUUCCUUCGGGGCUUCAGAGCUCAAACCGGUGUUGACGGAGGCGACGGUAAGAGCAAUUGGAUCGCCUGA